UCCCGAGACCAGGGCGGCAGACGUCUCCCCCCCCCCAGGAGAAACCAUUAUUAUGGAAAUCAGGUUGCUGGGUCGGCGGGGAUUGUGCUUCCGAGCUGGUCUCUCUUUGAGAACCUUGGCUGGAGAUUAUCGGUGCCACUUCUUCAUGAACGAACCCCCUUGUACUCCUCCUGGAGAGAGUUUUCCAGGGACACAGCUUAGAAAAAUGCAGGCCUCAUGUGUCACCAAUUGCUGACCCACCGCCUUGAUGACAGCACCCCUGUGCACCUUCCCAGUUCAGUUCCGGCAGCCCUCAAUCAGCGGCCUCUCACAGAUCACCAGAAGCCUGUACAUCAGCAAUGGUGUAGCUGCCAACAACAAGCUCUUGCUGUCCAGCAACCAGAUCACUUCAGUCAUCAAUGUCUCAGUAGAGGUGGUAAAUACCAUCUAUGAGGAUAUCCAGUAUACACAGGUGCCUGUGGCUGACGCACCCAUCUCCAAGCUCUAUGACUUCUUUGACCCCAUUGCCGACCACAUCCACAGUGUGGAAAUGAAGCAGGGCCGUACACUGCUACACUGUGCCGCUGGCGUGAGCCGCUCAGCCACUUUGUGCCUUGCCUACCUCAUGAAGUACCAUGCCAUGUCCCUGCUGGAUGCUCACACAUGGACCAAGUCAUGCCGGCCCAUCAUCCGACCCAAUGCUGGCUUUUGGGAGCAACUCAUCCAUUAUGAGUUCCAGCUGUUUGGCAAGAAUACUAUACACAUGGUCAGCUCCCCAAUGGGAAUGAUCCCUGACAUCUAUGAGAAGGAUGUCCGUUUGAUGAUUCCACUGUAAAUCAUCUCCUAGGCCUCUGCUUUGGGUCCAAGUACAGACCUAUUAUUGAUCCUAUAUCAGGAUCUGAACUUGAAGGAUCUUUGUUGAUACAGGAAUGCACCAGAUGAUACCUUUUAUAAGGGCAAAAAAAAAAAAAAAAAAAAAGAAAGUGAUACCACAGCUUUCAACUU